AUGGUCGGAAAGAAGUCGGGCAGAGCGCAGUUGCGCGAGGAGGGGCUGGAGCGGACAGACAACAACAUGGAACUCACGACAUGGCCGCAGGUUGGCAUGAUCAACCAAAAGAACUACUACACCGAGUUUUUGAAAAGAGACGAGCAGUUCCUCGCUGUGCGAUACCCGAAAGAUGAAGAGAGGGCGCGCAUAGUCCAGGAAGCCAGGGACAAGGAUCGCGCACGCGCAUUGGGCGUUCCGACUGCUGAAGGAGCAACGCCGCAAGCUGCCGACGAGACCAUGGAAGACGCAGAGGGGUCGUUUGCCUCGAGGACCGACAUCUCCAAACUCAUUGUGAUACAUCCCGGCAGUCAGAACUUGAGGAUAGGGCUCGGAUCGGAUGCGCUGCCCAAGACUGUGCCCAUGGUCAUUGCACGGAAAUGGAAAGAGAGCGAGGACGAGGAAGACGACGGAGAGCCCUGUCCCAAGCGGAUGAAGGUCGAUGGAGCUGAUGCUGCGGACUCACCCGAGAAGUGGUUCGGAGAGGAUUUCGCGGACCAGUACAUGGCCAUGUCGUCUGAGCUGAGGACGCGAAUGCGCUCCAACAAGCGACGAGUACUUCCCAAUUCCAAGGAUCUCGUCACAAACUACAACAAAAAGUCCCCUCCAGACAUUAUUUCCGAGCACAACGACAUCAAUCGCAUCGAAUGGACAGAAAUACCCGCGGACCCAGAAAAGGCGCCCGACUUCUUUACGGGGAAUGAGGCGCUACGGAUCCCCGAGCGGUCCAACCCACGGUACAAGCUAUUCUGGCCCAUCCGGAAUGGCACGUUCAAUGAGAAGGACUACCGCGACCGCAAUCAAAUAUACCACGACAUCUCCAAGAUACUAGAAGAAGCCUUCCGAAACCAGCUCGGAAUCACCAAGCUCAAGGAACUUGUCAACUACAAGUGUGUAUUUAUCAUUCCAGAUCUCUACGAGCGGCAAUACGUGACCAUGCUUCUCGAUAUCCUGAUGCGGGAUCUUGGUCUUGGAAAGGUCUGCCUGCAGCAAGAGUCUCUCUCGGCCACGUUUGGUGCCGGAUACGGUGUUGCUUGCGUAGUUGACAUCGGGGCUCAGAAGACGUCCAUCUGCUGCGUCGACGAAGGGCUGUGCGCCGAAGAGUCGCGCGUCAACUUGAAAAUGGGGGGCGCCGACGUGACGGAGACGUUUAUCAAGAUGAUGCUGUAUGGGCACUUUCCAUAUGCGGACAUGAACUUGAAGCGGAGGUAUGACUGGUUACUGGCUGAAGAGCUGAAGCAAAAGUUUUGCUCCAUGGACGAAGGUUCGGUCACGGUACAGACGUGGGACUUUCACCUGCGGGCUUCGGGGCAGGACACGCGCAAGUAUACGUUCAAGACGUAUGAUGAGACUAUGCUCUCGGUCAUGGGCUUCUUCAAACCCUCGAUAUUCGACAACUCGCGGAAACUCGAGAACCGAAGAAAGGUGGUCCCGCGCUCAGUGGACCUGUACGACGGAUCACCCAACGACCCCAUUUCGCAAGCCCAGAUUGCCAUUAUCGAAGCGGCAGCAGGCAAGCCCGUUGUGCCGGCAAUUAACGGGGCGCCAGAAUCGAUGAACAAUGUAACCGUCGUUUCGACACCCCAGCGUCCGCAGCCGAAUCCUUUCAAUCUCCUGAGCCGUCUGAACGAGGGCGGCGAGAACACGCCACGUUCAUCAGUAGCAGGGUCGCCAGGGCCGGAAGGCACAACGACGCCGAACCCCGACCGUGACACGCCCAUGGGGGACGGCGAGGGGGCGCCAUUGCAGCUGUUCCGGGAUCCGAUUGACGAGAAGACGAAGCUAGCCGAAGCACGGGAUGGGAUUCUGCCCAUGCAAGCGCUCGACCAGGCGAUUCUCGAGUCGCUGACGCACGGGGCCCGGGGCGACGACCGCAAGCUGCGGGACUUUUUCGGCGGCAUCAUGCUGGUGGGUGGGGCGUCCAAGACGCCUGGUCUCCGCGAGUUUCUCGAGAUGCGGUUGCGCGAGCUGCGGCCGGGGUACGGCAAAGAAAUCCUCGUGGGGCCCCCGCCGCGCGAGUUUGAUCCCCAGGUUGUGGCGUGGAAGGGCGGAAGCGUGUUUGGGCGCUUGAGCAGCCAUGGCAACGACGGGUGGAUUAGUCGCUAUGAGUAUGACAUGUUGGGGGCGAGGUUGCUGAAUACAAAGUGUAUGUUUGCGUGGUAGGAUAGUUUUUUUUCUCUCUUUCUCUCUCUCUCUAUCUAUCUCCCUUUUUUUUUGCUGGUGUACAUGGGCUAGGACUUGUAUCAGUAUCAUCCAUCUAU